GUCGAGCGCGCUCGGCUUCUCUCUCUCGCAGGGGGCCGAGCAGUCGCAAGCGCGGAAAAGGGGUGACCCCGCGGUAAUAAAUCGCAUUAGUCAAGAUGUCUUCAGCACCUGAGCCACCAACACUUAAAAAGGAAUCACCCAAAGAGAAAGACUUUCCAAAUCCAGGGCUCAGAGGGGUACGCACGACGACCUUAUUUCGAGCUGUGAAUCCAGAGCUCUUCAUUAAGCCUAACAAACCUGUGAUGGCUUUUGGAUUGGUCACCCUUUCACUUUGUGUGGCUUAUAUUGGUUAUCUACAUGCAACACAAGAGAAUAAAAAGGACCUCUAUGAAGCAAUUGAUAGUGAAGGGCACAGUUAUAUGAGGAGAAAAACUUCUAAAUGGGAUUAAAGGGCUGGUUACUGCACUGGAACUUUAUUAAAGGCUCUGAAAUCUUCAAAUGAAAGCUUUUCGAGUGUACAUAAUCAUAUUUCUUAUUCUAGAAUAUGUUAAUGAGAAGGGAGCAGUUGUAGCCAAAUGACUACAGUAAAUUUUUUCCCUAUACAGCUGCAGCCACUGUCUUAUUUUCUUUCCACAGAAAGAGCAUCUGAGUAUUUCUCUUUUAUUAAAUCCUCUUUUUUUAAAAAAGACUUGAGGAUAGAGUCAUUUUUGUUAAUUAUUGAGCUCUGUGUGAUAAAAGUACUCAGUGCUGUUAAGUGUGCAUGGACAUUUUAAUGUUUUAAGGCCAGAAGCUGAACUGAAAGCAAAGGCAAAGCAGAAGAUAUGAAUGCAAAGAGUUACUAUAGGUCACCAAAGCAUCACAUUUAUAAAUAACCUGAAAAAAAUAAGAAACUACCUUGGUCUUGAAAGAAAUUCAUUCUUUUUUGUUUGUUUGUU